AUGUAUUCUCUGAUUCUACAUGGAAGAAGGCUUUGCGAGCUGCAGAGAUUGCGUAUUUUGAGAUUUGCAGUGAACCCAUUGCAAAAUGCAUCUGCUUUUUCCUCUUCGUCUUCUUCGAGCAGUAGAGAUGGUCAAAAAGGUCAGAACUUUACUGUCUCUUACCUCGUUGAUUCAUUGGGUUUGACGACAAAACUCGCAGAAUCAAUCUCCAGGAGAGUCAGCUUCGAGAAUAAGGUCAAUCCGGAUUCCGUUCUGAAUCUUCUUAGAAGCCAUGGAUUCAGAAAUUCUCAGAUCUCCACCAUCAUUACGGAUUAUCCACAAUUGCUUAUAGAAGAUGCUGAGAAAUCUCUUGCUCCCAAGCUUCAGUUUUUACAGUCCAGAGGAGCUUCAACCUCUGAGCUCACUGAGACUCUUUCAAAAGUUCCAAAAAUCUUGGGGUUAAAAGAGGACAAAGCUAUAAGCGUAUACUAUGAUUUCGUCAAGGAGGUUAUAGCAGCUAAUAAGAGCUCAAAGUUUAAAACUUUAUCUCAUUCUUCUUUGCCACAGGGCAGUAGGCAGGAGAAUAAACUCAGAAACGUUUUGGCUUUGAGAGAAUUGGGUGUUCCUCUGGAAGUUUUGUUCUCUUUGCUCAUCUCUGAUCACCCAGUUGUCUGUGGAAAAGGGAAGUUUGAAGAAUCACUCAAGAAGGUUGUUGAGAUGGGUUUUGAUCCCAAGACUUCAAAGUUUCUCGACGCUCUGCGCAUUGUUCAGAGGCUGAGCCACAAAACGUUACAAGGAAAAGUCGAUGUGUACAAAAGGUUAGGCUUCACUGUGGGGGAAGUAUGGGAAAUCUUCAGGAAGCUUCCAGUCUCUCUGACACACUCGGAUAAGAAGAUAUUGAACUCCAUGGAAACAUUUCUAGGCCUAGGAUUCAGCAGAAGUGAGUUUGUGAUGGUCGUCAAGCGGUUCCCUCAGUGCCUUGGUUCAUCUGCAGAGACGUUGAGAAAGAGGAUAGAGUUUGUGGUGAAGAAGAUGAAGUGGCCUGUGAAGGCUGUGGUUUCAAACCCUGCUGUGCUUGGAUUGAGCAUGGAGAAGAGGAUUGUGCCAAGGUGUAACGUCAUCGUCUCCAAAGGAUUGCUUGGUGAUGAGCUUCCUCCGAUAUCGUCUGUUUUGAAGACUAACGAUCAGGUGUUCUUGGACAAGUAUGUGAUGAAUCAUGAUGGCGUGGAGCCUGAGCUGAUGGCUAUCUUCACCGGAGGUCGUGGUUCCUAA